CUCAUUCCAAGAAGUAUGGCCUUGUGCUACGACAUUGGAUAUUCAGAGAUGCGCAUCCCCAACCUGCUGGAACAUGAGACUAUGGCAGAGGUGAUCCAGCAGUCUUCUAGUUGGCUGCCCUUGCUAGCCAGAGAGUGCCACCCAGAUGCCAGGAUCUUCCUCUGCUCACUCUUUGCACCUAUCUGCUUGGACAGGUUCAUCUACCCCUGCCGCAGCCUGUGUGAAGCUGUUAGGAACAGCUGUGCUCCAAUCAUGGCUUGCUAUGGCUACCCAUGGCCUGAAAUCCUGAACUGCAACAAAUUCCCUGCAGAUCACAACUUAUGCAUUUCAACAAUCACUGAUGAAACCACUUCGAGCAGGAGAAUGCCCCGAGCCAGCUGUAGGGACUGUGAGCUCGAGGAAGCCAGCACCGCCAAGGAGAUACUGGAAAACGUCUGUGCCAAUGAUUUCACUGUGAAAAUCAGAAUCUCCAGGAAGAACACGACCUCCACCAUCUCUGCUUUUGACCUGGACUCCAAGCUGGAGGUUUUGAAGCACGGCCCCCUCCUCUGGGUGGAAAUCCACCCAAAACUGCAGCACUGGCUGGACCUAGAUGCCACCUGUGUUCACAACAUCAUGAGAGGUACACACACAGGAGUCUAUGUCAUCAGUGGAGAGGUGCAGAAUGACAAGGUGGUUGUAAACAAGGCCUAUGCAUGGCACAAGAAGAACAGGAACCUGCAGCUGGCUGUGCGGCGAUGGAAACAUCACCGGUGCCGUGCAUAG